GUGGAGGAGUGUCAGGGUAGUUACAGGGCAGUAAAUUAGUUGUGUCAGAGCUGUGUCGGAGCAGUGAGUGAGCAGUGUCGGAGCUGUGAAUGAUCAGUGUCGGAGCAGUGAGUGAGCAGUGUCGGAGCAGUGAUUGAGCAGUGACUUACUAAACAUGUUUCCUCGCAGACGUGUAAAGAGUAAGAAAAUGGCCAGCAAGCAGAGAGAAAAGGAGUAUCAGACUGAAGACGCGGGGGCCCACGUAUCGUUACUACAGGAAGACGCGGGGGCCCACGUAUCGUUACUACAGGAAGACGCGGGGGCCCACGUAUCAUUACUACAGGAAGACGCGGGGGCCCACGAAUCGUUGCUGCACGAAGACAUGGGGGCCUAUGCAUUACUAGAAGACCCUGGGGCCUAUGUAACGCUACAAGAGGUUCCAGGGGCCUACUCAUCUCGUUACUCUACGCUCAGGCAUUCAACAACGCCAGAUAAAUCUGAAGAUCUGCAUCACGACACUGAUGACUAUUACGCUAGUGAUGAUUCUUAUCUAGAGCAAGACCAUAGAGAGAACCACAAGACUCAUGAGGAGAAUAAAAGUCUUCACCAGACGAGGUGGAAGGAUUCUUGAUGAUGAUUCUAGCAGCAGCAGCAGCAGCAACAGCAGCAACAGCAGCAGCAGAAACGUCAGCCCCAUCAGUAGCAGCAGCAACACCAGCAUCUCUGAUUAUCUGGAAAGUGAAAAUUCUUUUCAGCAGGAAGAAGAAAAGCUGGAGGAGCCUCUGGUCCCAGUCGCAGUCCCAGUCCCAGUCCCAGUCCCAGUAGAGGAGCCUCUAGUCCCAGUAGAGGAGCCUAAGGUCCAAGUCAAGGAACAACGGGUCCUACUCCCAGCCAAGGGAGGUAAUUUUCCGUUUAUUAUUGGUGUUGCUUGAACCUUACGUAUAAUACUAACAGACUUAGCGAGUUUCAGAGAAAAAGAAUGUAUAGAUGAGGUGAUAUAGAACUGCCUCUGCUGUACAGACUCCAGCCAACUACCAAGAACUAUGAUUGGGUGUGCGAUAACUACUUAAUAAUGCAUGGAAACUUAAGUCUUGUUUUCAAUGCUUCAAGAACCGUACACAAUGUCUAUCCGAACAUUUUUACUAAAAAAUGAAUCUCGUUGUAGGAAUUUAACUCUCAUAUUCUGGGGGGAAGUAUCGUAAAGACUAGUCCCUUAAAUUACGACUCUUGGAUGGUGUCGGGGAUUGUAAGAUGAGGUUAAUAGAUGAACACAAUGAUGCAACAGUUACCUACAAAAGCAUUUUCUCUAACUUAUUCUUUUAAUAUAAUAGAGGCGGAUUGUGUUCCUCAAUAAUGGUUCCCCUCAAGUUAAACAUAUAUCCACAUAGUUUAUUGCAGUCUAUAAUGACUUGAU